AUGGCGUGGACAGUGCUUCUCAGUAACCUGGUGUUAGGAAUUUAUGGAUUCACUCUCAUCACAGGUCUUCCUGCCAACCUCCUGGCUUGUUACACCUUCUGCCGGAAGAUUCGCCAGAGGUCCACCCCUAUAGAUGUCCUCCUACUGAGUUUAACUAUUUCAGACCUGGUUUUCCUGCUCUUUCUGCCGUUUCGUAUGAUAGAGGCGGCAAACAUGAAGUGGACCCUGCCGAACUUCCUCUGUCCGCUGUCGGGUUUUAUCUACUACUCCACCAUCUACAACAGCACCCUUCAUCUGACGGCCAUCAGCGUCGAGCGCUACCUUAGUGUGGCCUUUCCCAUAAAAUACAAGUUAAAACGCAAUCCCAGACAUGCGGCGAUAGCUGUGUUUUUUUUCUGGUUGAUUUCCUUUGCGCACUGCAGCAUCGUCUACAUUAUGCGAAUUGAAUAUUAUUCAGUCCUGGAGUCCACCAGCGUGUGCGGUGAGGAAUUCAGCAACAAUCAGCUGUUAAUCCACAGCAAGGUUCGCCUGGAGAUUUUUAUUGUGCUCUUCUGUGCACCGCUUCUCAUCUGUUGCUUCUGCUACAUCAAGUUCAUUCACAUCCUCUACAAUCUACCACACAUCAACACCAUGAAGCGAAUGAGAGCCAUCGGGAUUGCUUUGGGAACACUGCUGAUGUUUAUUAUCUGUUUCAUGCCCUUCAACAUAUUACAAUUUCGGAGAUUUUUGGGCAAAUACGAAGUUAGGCUAUAUACUUUGGUUACCUGCACGCUGAAUGCGUGUCUCGAUCCUUUCAUCUUCUACUUUUCUUCUUCAGCAUUCAGAGAGACUCUCAAGAGCAUCUUGCGAGAGCUGCUCAGGCGCAUGGCCAUGCUUUCCUGCCACUCAGCUCUCUACUGCCCCCUGCUGAAGGUGAGACAGCAGAGGAGAGAGCACAGAGAUCUGACAGUUCCCGAUGAUGUCACAACAUAACAUUUGCGGUGGUGGAUGUGUUGAUGGCUGUGGCUGAGAAUCGCCGAGGCUUAGAUAAGCAUCAGUGCUGUUUCUUUUUGCAUGUUUAUUAUGUCAUCAAUAGAUGUAAAUUAAAGCUAGAGCCAAAAUUCUGAUGCAUUGAUGUGACUUAAGUUAUUCUUAGUACUCAGACCACAGAGAAAUUCAAGUGGAUGCUGAAUGCAAAACAUUUGCACAUUCUGUAUGUGACCCUACCUGCAGUGUCGGCGCCAGAGAAUACAGAAUGAGGGGACCUCCUGUUUUACUAGGGGGGCACCUGGUUCAUCUUAUUAUUUUAUUAUUAACAUGGCACUGUAAAAUGCUUGGUACUGAUUGGCCAGUCGCAACAUUCAAAGGUAUUUUAUUCCUUAAACAACCGCCUGAAAAACAGCCUCACCCAGGUACUGUGAGCGAGUCACGUUAACAGGGACAAUUUAAUACCUACGAAUUAAUACAGAAUAAAUAUGCAUAAUUAAUAACGUAUAUGAGAUUGUAUGUACAAUGAUUAAACCGAAUGUUCGUCUUUUGACUUUUAACUUGUUUUAACGCGUCUGGAAACGUUUUCCCAGAGGGUUUGUAUUUCUUAAAAAUAAGCUAAUAAAAGACAUCAAAUCAAAAUGUCUAUAUAUUUACUCAUAUAGCAACUAAGUUAGCC